AUUAUAAUAGACAAUUCCUAUUAUGCUCCGUGGUUGCAGUUUAAUCUGAUCUUCCACAUCAGAAAAGAAUUAUUCUAUUUUAUAGUACUUAUACUCAUUUCACCCUUUAAAAAUAAAAAAUAAAAAUAUGCCUCCAAGAAAAAACGACCAAACACUUAGGGAUAUUCAAAUGGAAGAAAUGAGAAGACAAAUCCAACAGUUACAAGAAACUGUAAAUGCACAACAAGCACAAUUGGAAGCCCAACACAUGCAAUCAGACGUUGAUGAAUCAAGUAGCGAAUCAUCAUCAUUAAGAAGUCGUCGUCCACAAAGACAAUCAUUCAGAGACAACGACAUCAAGGUAGAUAUUCCUGAUUUUGAAGGAAAGCUACAUCCAGAUGAGUUCGUUGAUUGGCUCCAAACUGUUGAACGAGUAUAAAGAGAUACUUGAAGAAAAGAAAGUCAAGAUCAUUGCUGUCAAAUUAAAGAAGCAUGCUUCCAUCUGGUGGGAAAAUCUAAAAAUGAAGCGAGCCCGUGAAGGAAAAAGCAAGAUCAAGAUUUGGGAGAAAAUGCGUCGAGAACUAAGCAAAAAUUUCUUGCCUUCUCACUAUUAUCAAGAUAGUUUUAUUCAACUACAGAACCUUCGUCAAAAAAACUUGUCUGUAGAAGAAUACACUAGAGAAUUUGAGAAGUUAAUGAUGAAGUGCGACAUUCAUGAAAGGGAGGAUCAGACAAUAGCUCGUUACCUUGGUGGAUUAAACACUGACGUUGCUCAUCCAGUUCAGCUCCAACAAUACUGGUCAUUAGACGAUGUUGUUCGUUUGGCCAUGCGAGUGGAGAAACAUUUACCGAAGAAGCAUUCUUAUAGGAAUUUUUCCUCCACUGAGAAUUCUUCUUAUCCCCGCAAAACAGACAACGAUCAGUCCAGUACUUAUACAAAACCUUCUCCUAAACCCACUACAGAAAAUAAACCCAAAGCUACCAAGUGUUUCAAAUGUCAAGGUUUUGGACAUACAGCUUCAAAUUGUCCAACACGAAGAACCAUCAACAUCAUCAAAGGAGAAGCUUAUGAAGAUGUUGAUGAGGAAACAAACCGAGAUGAAGCAGAAAAAGAAGAAGUGUUAGAGCCAAUUUAUGAUGAAGAGCUCAUUGUUGCUGAUAUGGCGAGUCUCUAGUGAUCAGACGAAGC